GACGUUAAGACAAGUAAUGCAUGGGUACUGGUCGAUGCCCGGGUACCAGUCGACACCAGAGAAACAACCUGAUUACCAGUGUACACACCUUAGUGAGAAAACACUAGCCGAGUGCCCUUUGUAAGACGACACUGUUUAGACCCUCGGGCCCUCGCUUGGGGGAUUCUUGCCAGGGCACGUAGGCCGAUUUAUCGGACUCGUAAUGAUGGAACAUAACUGUUACUUCAAGCAGCGCCAACGAUCUUUCUCCGUUUGUCUCCAGUGCCAAGAAUUUGCAUCUCUAACCAAGGAACUAAACCAGUCGAGGGAACUACUUCUAGAACGGGAGGAGGAAAUUGCGGAGUUAAAAGCAGAAAGGAACAACACAAGGUUGCUUCUUGAACAUCUCGAGUGUUUAGUAUCGCGGCAUGAGCGCUCUCUAAGGAUGACCGUGGUCAAACGUCAAGCCUCGUCUCCCGCCGGGGUCUCGUCCGAGGUCGAGGUCCUCAAAGCUCUCAAGUCGCUCUUUGAGCAUCACAAGGCGCUGGAUGAGAAGGUGCGGGAGCGGCUACGGUUAGCUCUGGAACGGGUGUCGUCACUGGAGGAUGAUUUAGAGCGGUCCAAUCAGGAGAAUAUGGUCUUGAGGGAACAGAGCUCCAUAAGAAACCAGAAUGGUGACAUGAAAUCCAUCUCAUCUGUUAACCACGAAGACGUCGUCAGCACCAAUAGACGGAACUCAAAGCGAUUGUCCAACGGAUCGAUCGAUCCAGACGAUGACGUCUCGAGGGUCAUCGAGCUCCAGGACACCCUGGAGAAGCAGAACAACGAGCUCAGCCUCUCCAAGGAGCGAGUGACGGAGAUGACGCUCAGAGUAGCUGACUUGGAGGAAGCCUUGGCCAAGACGCAGAAGGAGGUCCUCAGAGCUCAGGAAUCGGCCACUAAGUUUCAACGAGAUGUCAGGGAGGCAAUGGCCCAGAAGGAGGACAUGGAAGAGAGAAUCGCCACGCUGGAGAAGCGCUACUUAAACUCCCAACGGGAGACUACCUCAUUACACGAUCUCAACGAUAAACUGGAGACGGAACUCGCCAAUAAGGAAACGGUGUUAAGACAAACCGAGGAUAAAAUGCGCCAUUACCAAGAGAGAUUGGAGAUGUCCGAACAAAAGUUGUCGCAAACGCUGCGGAAAGCCGAGGCACUACCCAACGUUGAGGCGGAACUUGCAGAGAGGAUGGCUGCACUGUCGCAGCAGGCGGAGGAGAGACAGGGAAGUGCAGAAGAAAAAUUACGGCAGCUGAGGAGCGAGCUGGAGGAAUGUAAACAAGAAUUAGAAAGAGCCAGAGAACGAGAACGUAUGAACGAGGAGCACAACAAACGUCUUUCCAGUACUGUUGACAAGUUACUAUCGGAGUCUAACGAGCGUCUUCAGCUGCACCUGAAGGAGAGGAUGUCAGCGCUGGAUGACAAGAAUGCAUUGACUCAUGAGCUCGACAAAGUCAAGAAAUUCAUGGAUGAGAUUCAGAUGGAGAAUAAGAGGUAUAGAGACGAGCUGGAGAGAUACAAAGUGGAGCUGAAGAGAACGAGAGAAAGACUGGCUCAACAAGGAGCCCAGGGUAGCUCAAGCAGUAUUAGUGAAAUGGGUCCAAGUGGGGCGGUGCCGGACGUUGUCAUCGCGAAUGCCACACAGGCGACAAAAUCGCUGGAUGACGAUGAUUACGACAUGGCCGGUGUGGUCAGACGACCGCAGCCCGGACGUCUUCAGGCGCUUAAAGCUGACCCAGCUAAGUGUUCACCCCUUAAGGUCUUUGAAUUGGAAUCACCCAAGGUAAACACGCUGAAUGAGCAGGAAUGGGAGAAAGCCGAACAGGCGAACGUCCUCGCCAACAUCGCUCACGCGUUUGAGAGCGAUGAGCCCGCCCAUCAGUCGGAAGACGAGUCGGAGUCAAUCUUCGGGGCUGUGGAUAUGUUGUCGCCCCAGGGCCACACGGACGCCCAGACGCUGGCCGCUAUGCUCCAGGAGCAACUGGACGCUAUUAAUAAUGAAAUCAAACUUAUCCAAGAGGAGAAAUUUUCCACCGAGCAGCGCGCCGAGGAGAUCGAGCAUCGCGUCGGGAGCGUCGACAACUUUGAUCUCUUCCAAAGCAGCACGGGGCGGAGUCGUUACUACUGGAACACGGAACCCCGUAACCUCACCCGCUCCCUUCCCGGCAGUAUGGUCAUGCACACCGACCACGAGAGAAUAUCACCCCCGGGGAGCGAGGAGUCAACACCGCGGAUCGAGAGGAGAGGACCGGCCGAUGUCUUAGGCAGCCAGUACAGCUACAGCCAGCCGCAGAUUCCUGCCCUGGCUGGUUUGGCUGGCCAGGGGGAUGAAGACGUACUUGGUGCUACUGGGCAGCGCAAAGGCGUGUACAGCCGUUCAAUGUCUUUGUCCGAGUCUCAGCUGCACUAUUGGCAAAGAAAUAGAAAGCCCGCUGCCAAACCUACAGAGGAAGGAGCAGCAGAUGAGCAGCAAAGUCAACCCCGAGCGACCCCGCUGUCGCCGCGGUCGCAGCAGUUAGAGAAGAUUGCCGCUGCCAUCACAGCGCAAGGGAACGAACAAGAACAACGGAGGGGUUCCCUCGACAGCACCCACAGUACCCCAAGCCCCCAGUCCAGCAACAACAGCAGCCAAGACUCUCUCCAUAAGCAGCAGGCCAAGAGACCCGGUCUGAAGGGGUCACUAGGUAGGUUUUUUGGAAAGAGAGACAAGGCCGGAUCGCUACGGAGAGGAAGGGAAGGCAAUUACGGCGAGAGCGAGAAAGCCCAGUACAUGGAUGAUGCUACCUCCCAGGAUUCAUUGAACGUCAGCUCUGGUAAUCAACAGAGAGACUUUGACAGGAGGAAGAAGAAAAAACAUGAACUCUUAGCGGAGGCUAUUAAAGCAGGUACUCCCUUUGCCCUAUGGAAUGGUCCAACCGUCGUCGCUUGGCUGGAGCUAUGGGUCGGCAUGCCAGCGUGGUACGUCGCAGCAUGUCGCGCUAAUGUUAAGAGCGGGGCCAUCAUGUCCGCUCUAUCCGAUACGGAGAUCCAGAGAGAGAUUGGGAUCAGUAAUCCACUCCAUCGGCUCAAGUUGAGAUUAGCCAUACAGGAGAUGGUUAGCCUGACGAGUCCGUCGGCGCCACCAACGUCGAGAACGACUCUGGCAUUUGGGGAGAUGAACCAUGAAUGGAUUGGAAACGAAUGGCUGCCCAGUAUAGGACUUCCUCAGUAUCGAUCUACAUUCAUGGAGUGUUUAGUUGACGCCAGAAUGUUGGACCACCUGAACAAGAAAGACAUGAGGGGUCAACUUAAAAUGGUCGACAAUUUCCACAGGACCAGCUUCCAAUACGGCAUUUUGUGUCUGAAGAAAGUGAACUACGACACGAACGAGCUUCAACGGCGAAGAGACCAGACUGCUAAUGAAAUAAAAGACGUACUAGUGUGGAGCAACGACCGCGUCAUCAAGUGGAUCGUCUCCAUCGGUCUGAGAGAGUUUGCCAACAACCUCAUCGAGAGUGGCGUCCACGGAGCUCUGAUCGCACUGGAUGAGACGUUUGACCACCAGGCCCUGGCGCUGGCUCUUCAGAUACCGACCCAGAAUACGCAGGGAAGGCAGCUACUGGAGAGGGAAUACUAUAAUCUGCUGGCUCUAGGCACAGAGAGACGGAUGGAAGAUGAUGCAAGCAGCCGGUUUAAACGUGGCCCCUCCUGGAGGAAGAAAAUCUUCAAACCGAAAGAUGGCUCCUCACCGAAGGGCAAAGAUACGGCAUCCGCCACAUCUCAAGACUCCCCCACACCGGGGUCGCCGAGUCAAAGGUCAAAUGCAGCUCAGAAACCUCAGGGUCAGGGGUCAACGACGGCGGAUGGGCCGGGAGUCAGGACAUAUUCCUGUUGACAUAAGGAAUAAGUGACAACUCAAAUCUCAGGUGGCAGCUAGAUAAAUAAGCUAUGGGACCAAGAUGGGUGGUGUGCCACCGUAGACCAACCCUUCUCACAUUCCAUGUGGAAUCCAUCACAAGCGGUUUCAACCAGUCAGAACUGGUUUGAACUAGCCGUAUCUGACCAAACCCAGCCCGGUGGAGAAGUGGCUGAUGAAACAUUUGUUUGUCGAAACCAGUAUGGACUAGUUGAAACCAGAUGAAACCAGAUGAAACCAGAUGAAACCCGAGUACUAGUGGAUGAUGAUUAUCUUGAUGCAAGAGCAAUGCUGUCAGCCAGAUUGGAUCUCUCUGCAGGAUCCAGCUUGGACUGGUUGUAAACCGGAUCCCUCUAUCGCAGAUCCAGUUUGAGCUGGUUUUAAUCAGUUUUCUCUUGCGCAGAUCCAGCUUGGACUGGUUGUAACUGGAUUCCUCUAUCGCAGAACCAGUCUGAACUGGUUGUACUCAGUUUUCUCUGGCCCAGAUCCAGCUUGGACUGGCUGUAACUGGAUUCCUCUAUCGCAGAACCAGUCUGAACUGGUUGUUAUCAGUUCUCUCUCGCCCAGAUCCAGCUUGGAAUGGUUUUAUCAAGGGAGGUUUUUGAUCAUCAUUGAUGACCAGAUUCAGUCUACAUGUGUUGAAAAGUGUGGAUCACCAUACUUGGCAGGCUAUUACCGGAUACAGCCGGUUUGUAGUGGAAUAUUGUCCUCUGGGAGAUCUGGUUCAGACUUGAUCAAGCGAGUUGAAGAUUCGUCAGUUUUUAGUAUUCAACAUGGAUUUGUGACCAGAUGAUACUGGUCUGAACCGGUUUCGAGCAGCAGUUGUAGAAUAAAAACACAUCCAGCUUAUAAACUGGAUUGAAUUGGUUGCUCAGCAUUUUUUACUCUCUUGAAAAGCAGCUGAAACAUGUCUGACUGUCAUGAGCAAGACUAUUAAACCAGUUCAAUCUGGUUCAAUCCAGAUUUGACCACUUGGAACCAGUCAAGACCAACCACAACUUAGUACCACACUGCGUACAACUCAAAUUGGAAGAAACUAAUUUGUCAAAUGCAACAGCACGGCUUGGUACUCAUUCCAGCAGAAGCAGUGUUGUCGUAUAUUAUGUAGGAUCCAGAUCUGACAGGUUCCAUCUAGUGUAAGCCAGUCACAGCUGGUCAGAACCGGUUACAUUUUUAGGUAUUUACUAGAUUUGUAAUAUUUAUUGCAAAGUUAUGAAGGAAAAAAAAACCAGACAUUUUAUCGUAAAAAGGUGAUCCCACCAAGAGGCUUGUACUUAGUCUCUGUUUAUUUAUGUUCGUUAGAAAAACAUUUGUCUCUCUCUCGUGAGAAGUACGAGUCUUGUUAACAUUGAUCUCUGUUUGUGUUACCAUGGAAACAUCUUCCAUGGAGAUACCUAUUUUGCAUUAUUAAGUCAUUAUCAAGGACUAACAAGUUUGGGGUUUUUCAAAAUGUCCUCCUGAAUGGCAGGUUACCUCGAUACAAAUAAUCGGAUUCUGCUGGGAAAAGUACAUGAAUUGAAGUGCCAGUUAGUCAGGAAGCGUGGCCUUGCUCCUCCUUGAGUAUAAACUCCAGACCCGAUACCAGAGUUGUAGUUGAGUACUUUUCCAUGAAAAUAAGUACAAGCACGAGUACGAAUACUCAUCCAAGAGUUUCUGAAUAAGCACUUUUCAAAAGAGUAGAAGUAUGCGUUCUGUUCUCGUGAGUAGAGGUACGAGAACGUUGUCUCUGAGUACACAAACUUAUUCAUGAAUUUGAGUACAAUUACUAUGAAUAAGAAUGAGUAUGUGUACUUUUUCAUGACUUGGAUAUCGAGUAUACGUUCUUUUCUCACGAGUAGAAGUACAAGAACGUUUCUCUGAGUACAAGUACUUUUUCAUGAGUUGGAUAUUGAGUAGUAUGAAUACUUUCUCCAUGAAUUCAAGUAAAAGUACUUUUCCAAGAGUACGAAUAAUGAGUACUAUUCCAUUGGUACAAGUAUUUUUCCAUAAGUAUGAAUACUUUUCUAUGAGUAACUGUAUGUCUGAUUGCGCGUACUUUUGCAAGAUAUCAAGUAUGAAUAAUUUUCCAUGAGUAUGAAUACUUUUCCAUGAGUACAAGUACUUUUCCACGAGUACCUGUAUGAUUGUGAGUACUUAACUUUUGAAAGGUAUCAAAGUAUGAGUACUUUUCCAUGAGUAUGAGUACUUUUCCAUAUAGUUACGAGUACUUUUCCACGAUAUUGAGUAUUCAAACUUUUGUAUGAGUACAAGUAAGAGUGCAAGUACUUAUGCAAGAUACCAAGUAUGAGUACUUUUCCAUAAGAACCAGUAAGAAUGUUAAUACAAGUACUUUCCGAGUGCAAGUCUGAACACAUUUGAUGAGUACUACAACUCUGCCUGAUACUUUAUACUCGUGUUUCUUUACGUCAACCUCUUGUUCUCUGCUUUAAGGAAGUGUUACCUACUUAGCGACAUUUCCUUCGUAUUGUCUCGCAAUUUCGAUUUAAAAAAAAAUUGACUUCAAGGAACAAAGUUCUGGGUAUUUUAUCAUCUCACCAAAGAGUAAUGACAAAUUCAGGAGGAAAGCUUUUAUCAAGUUUAAAAUGUUAUAUAUGCAAAUUGGAUAAUCAAAUGAUUAUGACUCUAAAAAAAAAAAAAAGACAAAACGUCUGACCUAUUUUGAAAAAUGGUAUCUUCUAUUUCUUUUAUUUAUUUAGCUGAAUGGAAGAGUACAUUUUUUUCCGAAGGUAGGGUAUCCGAUUGUACAUUAUGCUUUUUUGUAAAUUAUGAAAAUUCUGAGUCUGUUUUAGGAGUAAAUAUACUAGAAACUUCCAUUUUUAUGAUAACAAAAAAUAACAACUAUUUCUUCCUAAUUGUAAAAAAAAUGUACAGAAAAAUGAGAUCUGAAACCUGCAAUGUCCAUAAAAACCCUUGUGGGGUGACUCUUAAAGGCAGUGGACACUAUUGGUAAUUGUCAAAGACUAGCCUUCACAGUUGGUGUAUCUCAACAUAUGCAU